AUGUCUCUGCAUAAAGGGUCGACAAAUCAAGGCCGCAAAAAGGUUCAGGUGUCAUUUGUCAUAAGAGAUGAAGUUGAGCGAUGUCACAGGUCAGGUGUCAAUGCCCUUCAGUUUGAUCCUUACCUCGGUCGACUGUAUUCUGCAGGCAGAGAUUCCAUCGUACGGAUAUGGAACACUAGAACAAAUAAAGACCCUUACAUUCUGUCAAUGGAGCACCACACAGAUUGGGUCAAUGAUAUUGUAUUAUGCUGCGGUGGAAGAACAUUGAUAUCAGCAUCCAGUGAUACAACAGUGAAGGUCUGGAAUGCUCAUAAAGGGUUCUGUAUGUCCACUCUGCGUACACAUAAAGACUAUGUGAAGGCACUGGCGUAUGCUAAAGACAGAGAACAGGUGGCGUCAGCAGGACUUGACCGACAGAUAUUUCUCUGGGAUGUGAACACAUUAACUGCAUUAACAGCAUCAAACAAUACCGUUACAACCUCAAGCCUCACAGGAAACAAAGACUCCAUUUACAGCCUGGCUAUGAAUCAGUCUGGCUCAGUGAUUGUGUCCGGGUCCACAGAGAAGGUGCUGCGUGUCUGGGACACACGAAUGUGUCAGAAGUUGAUGAAACUCAAGGGCCAUACAGACAAUGUUAAAGCUUUGUUACUCAACAAGGAUGGGACACAGUGCCUGUCAGGUAGCUCAGAUGGAACUAUUAGACUUUGGUCUCUUGGUCAGCAGAGAUGUGUUGCCACAUUCAGGGUGCAUGAUGAGGGAGUAUGGGCCUUGCAGGCAAAUGAAACAUUUUCUGUGGUGUUCUCUGGAGGUAGAGACAGACGAGUGUGGGCAACAGAUAUCAGACUGCCAGACAACAGAGAACUGAUCUGUGAGGAGAAAAGCCCAGUGUUGAAGCUGGAGCUGGUAGAAUCCCCACAACCAAACAUCUGGGUGUCUACAACAGACUCUACCAUUAAAAACUGGCCAGUCAAAGUGCCCAACAGUCGUUCUUCAGGAGACUAUGACAAUGACAGAUGGAGGACUUCUCCUGUCUUCUCACAGCCAAACAUGGUCAUCAAAGGAGAUCCUAGCAUCAGACAGUACCAUGUCCUCAAUGACAAGAGACACAUUCUGACCAAAGACACCGAUGAUAAUGUGGUUCUCUGGGAUGUUCUUACGGCCAGAAAAGUUCAAGACUAUCAAAAAGCAGACUUUGAUGAAAUUGUGAAGAAACAUUUCAAGAUGGUGUUUGUUCCUAACUGGUUCUCAGUGGAUCUGAAAACUGGCCUUCUCACAAUUCAUUUAGAAGAAACAGAUUGUUUUGCUGCCUGGAUGUCCAUGAAAGACUUGGGCCUGGAGUUGCCGCCAGAUGCCCCGGAAACAAAAACCAACAUUGGUACCACAUUACUUCAGGCUUUAUUGGACCAUUGGCCGAGAUCCCAUCCGGAGGAUGUUCAAGAUCAAGAAAUCGAAAAGCCGCCUGUGCAGCCACAUUUUACAGUUCCAGGACAUACACCUGUGAUAUUCAGUGAGGUAGGAGGGCGAACACUGUUCAGGCUUCUAGCAAGGGAUGCAGGUGGAGAAACAGAGCAGAUGCUCUUGAAGGAGACAGUGCCUCCCUGGGUGCUAGAUGUCAUUGUGUUUAAAGAACUGCCAAAACUGAACAAAUUGCCCUUUUUCUUACAACCUCACCCAAGUACUGGGAUAAAGCCAGUAAAAAAAGACCGCUUGUCUGCAAGUGAUAUGAUAAAUGUCAGAAAGGUCAUAGAGCAUGUGUACGAGAAGGUUUUGGGUCAAGGUUCGGAUGCAGGGUCACAGGCAGCUAACAGUCAUGAGAAAGAGGCUGAGAAAGAGGAGGAGCCAUCAUCAUGUGCAGCUGAAGAAAGGGUGGAGCUUCUGUGUAAUGAUGUGGUUUUGGAUCCAAAUAUGGACUUGAGGACUGUCCGCCAUUUUAUCUGGAAACAGACAGGGGACCUAACUCUUCAUUACAGGCCUCUGUCGAAGAAAGACUACCCUUCCUUCUCCAAAUAUUCGGCUAUGACAUCAACAGAAACCGGAUGA